AUGAAGCUAAAGAGCUGCAUGGGAAACGCCUUACUUAAGAUUCUUGAGGGCAUGGCUGGAGCAAUAUUUGAAUACAAGGCGUACCCUUGCAGCGAGAAGAUUAAAAGUGCUGCUGAAGUGUUAGUUCAGAAACAUCCAUGCCUGGAAGAGUCUGGCUCCAAAAGUCGCUGUGAUGGAUGUAGAGACAGCUUGGUGUUCAAAAUGGGCAAUUUCAGACGCAAACUCAGCAAGUCAGGGUGUCCAGAAGUGAAUGUUAACAGUGGCAAGAGAAGUAAAAUUAGCCCAGAUGGCGACUCGCCACAUUCAAAGAUAAAGUGGCCUCGACGAGCAGAAGUAAACUUUCUCCCACAGCUUCCACAAGGUGAAACUGAAGAAAGUCUGGAGAGGUUGAGGGUUGUCCUUGUGGAGGAGUUGGAGGAAACGGACCAAGACAAAAUUGACUUAUCAUUGGUCAACAGCAGCAUGUGUAGGACCUUUGCAUUGAGAUGUAAAGAGAUUGUUACCUUGAGCCCCACCAUAGAGCAUAUCCAAGACAGAUGGCCAGCACUAUUCCUUGAGGAACAGGUGUGUGUGUGUGUGUGUGUGUGUGUGUGUGUGUGUGUGUGUGUGUGUGUGUGUGUGUGUGUGUGUGGUGGGGGGGGACGUAAAUCAGUUUUCAAUUGCCUUUGUACUUUGUUUUAGGUAUGUGCAGAGUACCAUCGCAUCACAAACCAGCAACUCCGGGAUUAUUUUUAUUCCAUGUUGGACCAACACACAGAACGCUUGCUAGCCCUACCCAGAGAGAAGCAGGGAAAGACUGGAAGAAAUGGACAGAAGAUAGCUGCCAUUCUGAAUUUGUACAGCCAGGUGUAUAAAUUAAAUCAGUAAGCAAAAUGUAAAGCAAAUUAAUUGAUUGAAAUGUUACAUUUUAAGAUCAGUGAUACCCUUACACAGAUGUAUAGUUAAUUUUUGUAAUGUUUCUCUGUAGCAACCACGUGAUGUGAACUCCGAUCGAACUGUUGUCCUCAGAUGUCUUCCAGCAAUAAUCCAAGAGGAUGACUCUGGAGUGUUGAUAACAUGCACGGUGAGUUGUGUUUGUGUGUGAGGUUGUUCAAAUAUUCGUUGACCCAAAAUAAAGGAGUGGAGAAACUACCUGUGUGUCUUCAUAAGAGUUUAUUGUGACAUGAUAAUUAUAUUUUCAUGUUCUUUCUCAGGAGGGAACAUCUCAAGACCCUGCAGCCAUCAAGAGACCAGCAGCCAUCAAGAGACCAGCAGCCAUCAUCUCAGUCAUUGAUGACAAUGGAGAUGUAGCUGCUGUGCCAUUCCAUCCAGGAAGAGUCUACGUGGUCCUUGAAGAGAAGGUGGUUAUGAAGGAUUUCCAGUGCUGGCCUGAUGCACUUGUAUGUUUGUACGGGCUAAUGUACUCACUCCAACAUGGAUACCCGAAUUGCAUGAAGAACAUGUUUGGGUUUAUACAAAAAGUGUUGUUAAACUUGGAUGGAGACAGAAUGAAGCCAAAGGUCCUUGCUUUGAAAAACCAACUGUAA